AUGGAGAGCUACUUUGAAGACGAUAGUCCGCUUGCUGCCCUGCUCGAAGGCCAUGGCACCGCCGACGAUUCGUUCAACUACCUCAACCAGGACCCGGCGCAUACUCCUCCCUUCACUCCCUCGCUCGCUCCCCAGAAGCCCUCGCUCAAGCGCUUCGCCCAACCCCUAAACCUCCGUCUCCCUGCUCAGGGCACCAUAUCCAAGCUUCACCAUGCUUGGUCGCGUGCCGUCAACUCUCGCAUCGGCCGAGCUGAGAACAACCGCUUCCUCGAACACUUCCGCUAUCUUAUCGUCGCCUCUCAACUUCUGAACGAAUACCCAGAUCUCGGCUCCUUGCACACCACCCAGAUCAACGGUGCUCCAUUCGCCAACACAGAACUGGCUCCAAAUGCCUCGCUGAAUGUCUCUGGAGUCGCCGCUACCGCCGGCGUUGCCUUUGUCCUCGUUCUCCUGCUCAACUGGCUUCGUGGCUCCAGAUUAAGCAAGAGCCGUAUAUUGCUGGCACUGCUGUGUGCUGCCGUAGCUGGCGUUCUAUUCUAUGCAUACGUUCGUCGACAAUGGCUGCAGUACCUCAGACACCAGGCCGUGGAUACCGUCUCUUCACUAACAACCAACGCUCGUGGCUUUGACAUAACUACCUCUGCUGCCUUGUCCUUGAUCCAGGAGGUUGAACUUGUGUCCAAAGGCUACAGACUGAGCACUCCACUGCCUCCAAUCUCCCGCUUUGACGAUGUCAAGGUCAACCGAAAAUGCGCCAAGUUGCGUGCAGCCCUCAACAAGGCCUACACCGAAGCGUUGCCUGCUUUUAGAGAUGCAACCAUCUCACUCAAGGUCUUGCUUAAUCAAGAUGAUAUGGAGAAAUACCUGGACGUUUACGAUAUUCCGCACCACGCUGUUCAAGAGGCCGUAAGUCCUGUGCAUGUCUCUUUGGAAGAAGACGAUCCGGAAUCUCUCAGAAGUCUCCGCGUUGUAAGCUACCAAUACAGCACUCUGAGAAGAGUCGUCUGUUGUUCCCUUAUGUCUCUUGAGGCUGAUGGAGGCAAUCCUGAUUUUGCACGCUGGUCGGCCGCAACCAAGAUUAUGAACUCCCUAAGCACUACUACUGCUACUUGGGCACAGAAGUUGAGCGAUCUUCUUCGUGAAGUUGAGGAAUUUACAAUUCCAAGAGAGGCAAGACUUUCUACCAGACCUGCCGGGGAGCGUUUACGCACACAGGUUCGCAAGAUCACCGACCUCUCUCAAGGUAUCAGGUCAUUACAAGCCAAGAUGGCUCUGAUGAGAGAAGAAUCCACCAAGGCGAUCGAGGAUUCAGAUGACUUGACUGACCUUGGCCCAAACUUGAUGUCGCAGUACGAAUCAAUUGGCGCCGACCUCAAGAUGUUGAUGCAAGCCUGGGAGAAUGGCAAAGCUUCUCUUGCAAGUAAUCUCGACAAGCAGGAACGUCGUAUCUCGCAAGCAUCAAGUGGCCUUCGUUCGCCGGCUCCAAGCCUUGGAGGACUGACCGCUGUUGAGGAAGGUGGGCCUGCCGAUGCCUUGCGCGCACUGAACGGCGAAUCAAAGUCAAACAGAUCCAGCCUUGCAGGUUCAGGCUCUGAUGAAGAAGUCUUUGAAGGUGUCUCUCUUCACAUACCCCGCCAACGCAGCUCUUUGACCAGAGAAGAACGCAUCGCUAAGAUGCACGAGGAGCGAGCGCGUCUUUCCGAACUGCGCGACAAACGCGAGUCGAGCACCAACAUGAUCCGCGAGCUUCAGUCUGUCAUGAAUUUGCGACCAAAGCGCAACACCAUGGGUGCACGCAUCACUUCGAUAUGA